AGCCACGGCAUAACUUAAAACAUCCUAACUGUAUCCGCCUCUGCUUUUUGGCGGCAAAAACAGUACGGUGAAUUAGUCGUCCAGUCCAUCUCUCUAACCCUAAACCCUAAUAGUAAAUUCGUACCGUAGAUUAACCUCGUCGUGUCCCAAGAAUUGCAAUUUCUCUAAUUCUUCAAUUUCUUGGGGUUUUCCACAACAUUCUUGCGUUAAUUUUGUAUCAAACUCAUAAAUGUUGAGUACCCAUGCUAUGGUUUGACGAAUAAUUAUCAUUAUAGCUAGCGCUUCAAUGGAAUCAGAAACCUUAAUUAAAUCUCCGAUCAUUAGACCCAUAAAUAAAGGUGUGGUUCACAGAAUCUGUGCCGGUCAAGUCAUUUUGGACCUCUCAUCUGCGGUUAAGGAGCUAGUUGAAAACAGCUUGGACGCCGGUGCAACCAGCAUCGAAAUCGCAUUGAAAGAAUACGGCGCAGAGUGUUUCCAGGUUAUCGACAAUGGCUGUGGCAUUUCACCCAAUAAUUUCAAGGUUCUAGCGCUUAAGCAUCAUACUUCCAAAUUGGCGGAUUUUCCAGAUCUUCAGUCUCUGACAACAUUUGGUUUUAGAGGAGAGGCACUGAGUUCACUUUGUGCAUUAGGAAAUCUGACUGUUGAAACAAGAACGAAAAAUGAGUCAGUUGCAACACACUUGACUUUUGACCAUUCAGGUCUACUAACAGCUGAAAAGAAAACUGCACGUCAAAUUGGUACCACCAUCACCGUUAAGAAAUUAUUCUCAAAUUUACCUGUUCGAAGCAAAGAAUUUAGUCGCAACAUACGUAAGGAAUAUGGAAAGCUAAUUUCUUUGUUAAAUGCCUAUGCACUUAUUGCUAAAGGAGUUCGGUUGGUCUGCACCAACACCACCGGAAGAAAUGUGAAAUCUGUGGUACUUAAAACACAAGGAACUGGUUCCCUUAGAGAUAACAUCAUAACAGUGUUUGGAAUGAACACUUUCAGCUGCUUAGAGCCUGUGACUGUAUGUGUAUCAGACAAUUGCAAAGUUGAAGGUUUCCUUUCCAAGCCCGGACAGGGUAGCGGACGCAAUUUGGGAGAUAGGCAAUAUUUUUUUGUAAAUGGCCGACCUGUAGAUAUGCCUAAAGUGAGCAAGCUAGUGAAUGAAUUAUAUAAAGGUGCAAACUCACGACAAUAUCCCAUUGCGAUUAUGAAUUUCACUGUCCCUACUAGAGCAUGUGAUGUUAAUGUGACUCCUGAUAAACGAAAAAUAUUCUUUUCUGAUGAAUGCUCCAUAUUACAUGUUCUAAGAGAGGGUUUACAGCAGAUCUAUUCCCCAAGUAAUGCCAGUUAUUCUGUUAAUAAAGUUGAAGAGCAUUCAAGGGAAGCAGAUAGCUUUGAGUUUUGUUCUACUCGCGAAAAAUCUCCUGUGAUGUUAGAACAGUCAUCUGCAGAUGGAAUUAAGUCUAAAGAAGUUCAGAAGAAACAAGCUUCAGGGAGCAAUACUCAUUUAGAAAUUAAAAUUGAUACUCAGCGCUCACAAGCCAUAGAAGGAUCAGUCCACUGUACCGAGGAAAAUUUAGUGGUGAAGGACUUCACUCUUAGACCACACGACAAUAAGAAGGGUGAUAUUUUUCCAAAGUAUUCUCCAUCAUCUUCAAGAGUGAUUGAGAAAAUAGUUGCUGAAAAUAGAGAGUCAAAUAGUCGCUCAAGCUGUAUUCAGUCAUCAAUUAACAAAUUUAUAACUGUGAGUAAGAGGAAGUAUGAAUCUAUUGGUACAACAUUAUCUGAAGUGCCUCUCCUAAGAAACCAGAGCCUUCAGUGUCAAUUGAAGAUCAAUUCUGCUGCGGGUACAAAUUCCCCAGUUAAGUAUAACUCGGGUGAUGAUUCUGCUGAGAUGAACAAGAAUGAGCCGUUCAAGUGCCUUAGAACAGACAAGGUUUUCAAGGAAAUUGAAAAUCCCCUUUUUUCUGAAGCCAAUGCUGAUGGAAGACCUGGAGAGGACUUAGUCACUCAACAAAAAGUCAUGCCUGUUGUUAUUUCACCAUCUAGUGAGGGUCUCCAAAAAACUUCUGGUCUUUCAGCUGCAGCUUCUCCUUUAAAGUUUUCUGGAUCACUGCUGGAUGCUCCGGUGCCUUCUUCUGGACUGGAUAUAUGUUCUACCUUGCAAUUUAGUUUUGAAGAAUUAAGGAAAAGGAGGAAGCAAAGGCUGUCUAGAACACAAUCUAGCAGUUUUCUGUCUGGAAAUGUAAAGAUGAGAAGGUGCUAUGCUGCUGCAACACUAGAGCUUUCUCACCCAGAAAAUGAGGAGCGUAAAGCAAGGGCUUUAGCUGCUGCGACUACUGAACUGGAAAGACUCUUUAGAAAAGAAGACUUUGGUAGAAUGAAGGUGAUUGGACAAUUCAAUCUUGGAUUUAUUAUUGGGAAGGUAGACAAUGAUUUGUUUAUUGUGGAUCAGCAUGCUGCUGAUGAGAAGUACAAUUUUGAGCGUUUGUCUGAAUCGACCAUCUUGAAUCAGCAGCCUUUGCUUCAACCAUUGAGGUUGGAGUUAACUCCUGAAGAAGAAAUUGUUGCUUCAAUGCAUAUGGACACAAUUAGGAAAAAUGGAUUUGCAUUGGAAGAGGACCCACAAGCUCUGACAGGGCAACGUUUUAAACUCAAAGCUGUUCCCUUCAGUAAAAACAUAACUUUUGGAGUUGAAGAUGUGAAGGACCUGAUUUCAUCUCUUUCUGAUAGUGAAGGGGAAUGUUCAAUUAUCAGUGCUUACAAAAUGGACAGUGCUGAUUCUGUUUGCCCAUCUAGAGUUCGUGCAAUGCUGGCUUCCCGUGCAUGCAGAUCAUCUGUUAUGAUUGGAGAUGCGCUAGGAAGAAAUGAGAUGCAGAAGAUCCUUGGGCAUCUGGUAGGCCUGAAGUCUCCUUGGAAUUGCCCACAUGGCCGUCCAACCAUGCGUCAUUUGGUUGAUUUGGCAACCAUCCGCAAAACUUACAAUGAAAAUGAUGCAAACUGUUGAUGAACCUUUUGGCUACUGCUGUCUGCUGGACUUGGCUUAGCCUUAAUAUAUGAAUGGUUCCUUUUUGGUUAUAUUUAUAUUGUAGGAGUUCUCUUUUAUUAUGUUUUCAAGGAAUUUAACUAAUUCAUGUAAGCAAUAUCCAACCAAUUAUGGGCUUAAAUGUAUAUGUGACAUCACCUAUUUGUACAUUGAGAUGUAUAUAUAGAAGUUUUUUGUUUUAGCAA